CCCUAGAGCUGAGACACCUCCAGUGGCGCGCACUGGAGCGCGCUUGCUCUCGCCCUGAGCACCCCCGCCCCAGCGCAGCUCCAGGAGGAGCUGCACAGCAGCCUCUCGUCUCCCGCCCCCUGAUUCCCGCUGCUGCCGCCCAGAGGAGAGACUCGACUCUGCUUCAAAUUUCCUCUGGGCGCCGGCGCUGCGGAGAGCCCGGCGGGUGGGCGCGAGGAGAACGCGAUGAAUGAGUUCUCCCUUCUCCUCGGAGUUGACUGAGUUGGCGGUGCCGCGCUCAGGUUUCCGGAUUUCUGCUCUCCAGGAGCUGGCGGCUCCAGGGGUCUCUGCCCACCCCAGCGGCGGGGACCGAGCCAGACGCGUCCGGGGAGCCCAGGCUCAGGGCCGCCUGUCCGGCCUCAGUUGGGGUCCAGGGCGGGUGGUUCCCCGCGGAGGCGCACCGUCGCGCGGGCUGCACGCACUCUGUCCGCGGUCCGGUCUCCUCUGCAUGGCGUCUCGUCAGCAGACCCGGAUCCAGGCUUACCUGGAGAAGAACAAGAUCGGUCCUCUGUUUGAGGAAUUAAUGACCAAGUUAAUAACUGAAACACCUGACCAGCCAAUCCCAUUUCUCAUUGACCAUCUUCAGUCUAAACAAGGAAACCGUGGACAACUACAAAGAACUUUGUCUGGAUCUGCAGCUCUCUGGGCAGAAAGUGAAACAUCAGAAACUAAAGGAACAAGGAGAGAUUUCAGAAGCUAUGAUAAACCUUGGCAAUUAAAUGCAAAGAAGCCUAAAAAAUCAAAAAGUGACCUUGCUGUAUCUAAUAUUUCUCCCCCAUCACCGGAUUCCAAAUCAUUGUCAAGGUCAGUAGAGCAUCCUAGAUGGAACUGGCGGACUAAACCAGAAAGCCGUGAUUUUGAUGAAUUGAACCACAUCCUUCAAGAGAGCAAGAAGCUGGGGAAAGCCCUUGAGAAUCUCUCUAGAAGUAUUGCAAUUUCAGAUGAACUUGAUAAGGAAACAGUGGCUUUUAAUUCUUCUCUUCUGAGGCCUCGUGUGAUCGGAGAAUGGAUUGGUAGAGAAGAAAAUGAUGCUGAUCCACUAGCUGCUGAAAUGCUGCAGCCCCCAGUUCCAAGAAGUAAAAACGAUCAGUGGGAAAAUGAAGAUAGUGGCUCUAGCGCUGCAGGAAGUUUAAAGAUGGAGCCCAAGACUAAAGGAUUAAAACAGCAGCAGCAGCAGCACAAGAAACUUCUGGCAGCGAUGCUUUCUCAGGAUUCCUUUGAGUCCAUCCACAGCCCUACCCCAUCUGUAACAGAGGAAGAUAUUGAUAAUGAAGAUGAUGCAAUGGAGUUGCUGGAGGAUCUUGAUGAUUUAAGAAUGGAGGGAGUAACAACCCUGGUGCCUACUGGGAGCAAAUUCAACCAAGGCCGUUCUGCUCAUCCUGCUGAGCCUCAAGCCAAGGUCACACUGAAUAUCUGUUCAAGGUGUGCCAGGCUUCAAGGAGACAACCUGGCAGAAAGGACAGAACAGACAUUACAAAUAUUUCAUUCUCCAGAUGAAAUAAUUCCAGAUUCAUUGGAUUCGUUACCUGGGACUGAAGAAGCACUGAUGGAAGAGGUUGAGGAUUUUGAGAAAGCAUCUAAAUUAACAGCACCUGAAGAAGUCUCCAGUGGAGGAUCAUCACAGAAAAACUAUACUGAAGAAGAUGAAUCCUUAAAGCAGCUGCAGGUGGUCCAUCGACCGUGGCUCUUGCCAAGUGACCCAGAGAGUGAAGGAGUGGAAGCAGAACAAGAUAAACGUUCCACUGAUCUUCUUCUUUGUGUUCCAUGCUCUUCUUGUCCCACUCUGGUCUACUCUGGUCUGUGAAAUAGACAGAAGAUGUUGAAAGUGAAGCUGCAAUUAAUUGCAUACUUAUGUAUAGUCCUAAUUUUAUUUACUCUAUAUACUAAUUUAGAGAAUGGUUAUUUUUAUAUCAAUAAUAAAAGUACCAUUUUAACCAGGGGGUGGCCACAUGUGUAAUCAUAGAACACUAAUCCUGGCAAAGGACUCUGGGGUGGUCAGGAUACUUGCUGCCUAUUGGCAUGGUCAG